AUGACGUCACACGCAGGAACAGAGAAGGGAAUGCGCAGGUUAAGGUGGAGACACGCUGAGAAGGUGAGCGAGAGCUAUGGUGCGCUGAGGGAGCAGUACCUCAAACAGGAGGGAUAUGGUAAGGAUACGGGGAGACGGCCGUUUAUAACGCAUUUUACGGGGUGUCAGCCGUGUAGUGGGGACCACAAUCCAAUGUACGGUGGUAAUUCUUGUUGGAGAGGAAUGGAGAGGGCGUUGAAUUUCGCGGAUUAUCAAGUGCUUCGGAACUAUG